AUAUUAUACAUGGUAACUUGCCUUUAUUUUUCUCAGUGCUAACUUAUCGUAUCGUUCAAAUGACUGGGCAGAAUGGCAGACGAUCUUUCGUAUAAUGUAGAUACUUCGUCAUUCGGAGUUGUGCGAAAUAUACCAGGAGCUUUCCAUUCCUCCGAUCUUAGAAACUUCUUUUCUGAUUUUACCGAGAAUGGAAAAUUUGAAUGUUUCCACUUCAAACAUCGACCAGAAGUUGCGAAACCAAAAUCUUCCGCUGUUGAUCAAAAACCUCAAAAAACUGGAACAUGUUGCUGUGUGUUUCAAACGGUUGAUAAAGAUGCAUUGGCAGACUUUAUUGAAAAAUACAAUGAUGCGAAUUGGAUUGAUUCGAAGGGAGACUAUAUCAAGGCUCGCUGUGUCAUUCAUAAAAUCAGAGUUUCACAUGUGAAUUCAACUGAAAAGAUAGCAAUCAGUCAAUUUAAUGAUCAACUUGGAACAUAUUCUACAAGAGCAGAAAAGGGUUAUACCAAACGACAUGCACCGACAGAGAACUUCUCUCAUGCCGAUCUAAUGUCCUUGUCUGAGAUGAGACCACCAAUACAAGUCAUGCCUCGGGGUAAUAUAGGAACUACGCUUAGAGAAUUCAUGGACUUGAUAAACCAAUGUAAGCUUCCACCAAGGAUUAUCAAGAAACUAGACCUCAAAUUUCCUACGACUGGUAGUUUGAGACGAUAUGGAAAUGUUCCGUUUGAAUAUGCUGAUGCAUGGGAAAAGAUACAUUCUGGAGGAAACACGUAUACUGCAAAUGGUGAAGCGAUUGAAGUUGAUGCUGAAAUUGAUUAUGAUGAGACAUCCAAAAAAGAGAAGACAUUAUUGCAUGAAAAAGAUGAAACUAAAAUUGAUCCGGGUCACAUAUCAGACCCAGAUGCAGAUGAUGAUACUUGUGAAGAAUGGGAAAGACAUGAAGCACUUCAUAAUGAUGUUACUUCACAGGAACGAGAUAAAGAACGGUUGUUCGAGGAAGAAAUUGAAUUGAAAUGGGAGAAAGGUGGAAGCGGACUAGUGUUUUAUACAGAUGCUCAGUACUGGCAGGAACAAGAAGGUGACUUUGAUGAACAAACAACAGAUGAUUGGGAUGUUGAUAUGAGUAUUUAUUAUGGAGAGAAAGGAGACAUGGAUGCUCAACAGUAUCUGCAAAUGAGAAGAGAAAGAAGGAAUGGAAAAGCAGUUUAUGACAAUUCACUUUUGACUGAUUUGAAUCCACACAAUCGAAAAAGAAAACAAAAAAGGAGCCGCUCUGAAAGUCCUCAAUCCAAGAGACGUGGACAGUUCGAAAGACACACAAAAGGUGUAGGUAGGAAGUUAUUAGAAAAAGGUGGGUGGAAAGAAGGCGAUCCUUUGGGUCCAGGUCAGAGGUCAGGUGCUAUAACUGACCCCAUUGAGUUAGAAGGGCAGCAUCCACGGUUGCGGAAGGGUCUUGGUUAUCACGGUGAGAAAUUGUUGAAAUCUUCUACUUUCAGUGAUACCGAAAGUACAGUAAGACGAAGUACUAGAGCGAAAAUUGUACCAACUUUAUUUCGUGGAACUCGUUCAGUUGAGCCAAAUGCGCCCCAUUCGUGGAUGUUUCCACAAUUUGCUUUCAAUCUCGCUAAUAACGAUUACAAAGAGCGGACUAGAAAAUCUCGAAAACAAGCUGUACCUGGUAUAGAUGACGGUAUAGUGAUAACAACUAAGUAUGACGAACCAUUAAACAUUGACGAUCGCGAUGAUUUUCUACGUUCGCGUCACCCAGCCGCGCUCAAACAUAGACAGAAGCCUGACGAAAAUGUUGGCAAUUCAAGCUCAGAAUUUGAUGCAACGAAGUCCAGAAAGAGUAAUGCCAGCAAGCUAGUAAAACCUGUAAUAAACUGUGAUGAUACCGAGACAAGUCAAUUUGAAAACUUCUCGAAGGAACGCGGAAAUGAUAAAAAUGCUCAAACCCCCUCUGCACUACACUUAUCAGCUGUGAAAUUUGUUAAAGGCGGAGUCUUGAAAGAAGACUAAGCUUUGCAUAAAUCCGUCACCAUAUGUGCAAUAAGUUUUUCACCAGUUAAGUCAACACUUUUUAAUCCUUUUUGAUAUACUUUAUUUUAAUGAAAUAAAACGUUUUAAAAAAA